AUGUUAGUUUUUACCCGGGAUAAAAUUAUGCUUCAGGCGUUUCUGAAACACGUCCGUCGUUUCCCGUGGGUCGCGAACGUCUCACUGUACGGCUCCCUGUUCGCCGGUGGAGACCUGGUCCACCAGUGGUUUUUAAUGCGGGACGAAAUGGACUGGAAACAGACGAGGAACAUCGCUGUGGUCGCCUUCAGUUUCCACGGCAACUUCAGUUUCUUCUGGAUGCGUUUUCUGGAGCGCAGAUUUCCCGGAAACUCCGUCAGGAUGGUGAUGAAGAAGCUGUUCCUGGACCAGACGACGGCGGCGCCCCUGGCUACCAGCGUCUUUUACACAGGCGUCAGUUUCUUGGAGGGUAAAGAGGACAUCUUGGAAGACUGGAGGAAAAAAUUCCUGAAUACGUACAAGACAGGACUAAUGUUCUGGCCUUUUAUGCAGUUCCUGAACUUUGCCUUGAUGCCCCUGUACAUCCGAACCACCUUCACCGGCUGCUGCGCCUUCGUCUGGGCCAUCUUCCUGUGUUUCUCACGGCAGGCUGGCGACGGCACGGCCGGAGCCGCUCUGGCGUGGAUGUUCCCUCUUAAAGAAGAUUCAGCGGCAGACUCUAAGCGUGAGGGGACAGAAGCUGCAGCAGCUACACCUUCACAGUCGUAG